UCAAGGCGGGCCUGUUUUGUAGUGUCGGGUUCCAAAAUGCUGGCCAUCAAUAAUGUAUCAAGGCAUGCCGGUUUCAAUUUCGAAAAAUAAUAUCGUGACCUAUCUAAGCUGUAUAUUAGCUUAUGCUGUGACGGUGCGGGGCAGUAACCGAUUUCUCUACUUACACCCGAGAUUGACGAAUUUCAACAUCUACCUGUAAUCAAGGUGAUUCGACAGUUGACGUCACGGAUGGCUAGUACGGAAGACAAUAUUCAGCAAGUCUCUGAUGAGGCUGCUGAAGUCCCCGCCGACCCCAGCAUAGAAUCAGCUGCUGAAACCGACGUACCAGUUGAAGGGAAAACUGCAGACAUGGAGGAGUUGAUCCGGCGAUGUAACCAAUCCAUCAUUGACUCCCAGAAGGCGCUCACCAAAUAUGAUGCAGUACAGGAAGAGAUUCAGGGGGCAAGGUCUAGUGUUAUUGGAGGCAUCUCCCGUCUACAGCGGCCCUCUAGGCGAUGGAGGCGAGCACGGGAUGAUUAUGCUGACGGCCAUUUAUAUGGUACCGUUAUAGAAGCAACUAGGAGAACGGAGCCCAUCGCACAUAGCACGCCGAACAAACCCGAAAGAGAUAUCAGUCCUGUAGGUCGGGCUCAGAUCCGAGGGAUCAAGGACAACAGUCCGAUGGAAAAAGUUCUGUCCAUAAAGGAUGGCAGAGAAAUGAGUCCAUUAGCUAAGGCUAGGGCGAAACUGGACAGAGAAACUAGCCCAGUGGCCCGAGCACGCGCGAGGCAGGAAAGAGAAUCCAGUCCUAUGACAAGAGUGAUAGUCAGAAAUGACAGAGAGUCAAGUCCGCUGGCAAAUGCGAUGUUGAGGAAGGACAUAGAGCAAAGUCCGAUGGCGAAAACUAGAAUAGUUCGAGAAGGCAGUUCGACAAAACAGUAUAUCGUACCACCUAUCGUUCUAAGUCGUGGGUUAGCUUCGAGGUUGGACCAUCCAAGUAGUUCGUUCGACGAGGAAAACACAGGUGAAACGGAGGAAGAUACGAUGGAUGCAAAACUAGAGCAACUAGCAGAUGACCUAACAGCGCAACCGGAAGAUCCUUCGAAAAAAACGAAAUCGUCAUAUGCGCAGAUCGUUAUGCCAGAAUCAAAAUAUCAGCAGGAACGGCUGCGACAGUACCGAAUGGCGCAGAUUCAAGCCGAUGAAAUCGGUAUUCCGAUAUCGCUUCAGGAAAAGCUUCGCUAUCGAAUGUCUCUGCUAGGAGAUGAUGAUAUUCUGAUGCCGUCUUCAUUAACUCUGAAGGAAAGACUGCGGUACAGGAUGUCCCUUCUUGAAGACGACCUCGACGACGAGGUUUGGGAGCGUAUAGCAGCUCGUGUGGCUCAAAAUAAAGAUUCUGAUAUUGCAGUUCCUAUAUCUACUAUGAGCGGAGAGACACUUUAUUACAGAGUGUCGGCUACCGAUGCGGAAAUCCCUAGAGGUUUGUUUCAUCAUGCGGCAAGGAACGGCGAUCUCGCCCUGGUUCAAACUCUCGUUAUGGAUGGAGUCGACGUUAAUGAUGUAGAUGGGGAAGGAAUGACAGCGUUACAUCAUGCCGUAUCAAAAUCUCAGAUUGCUGUUGCGAAGUUUCUGCUUUCACUUAAGCCAAUAAUUGUAAACAUGGCCGAUGUGCAAGGAAAAUCUCCUCUUCAUUAUGCUGUAGAGAACGGUCACGCUCCAGUCCUCGUCUCUCUCUUGUCGCAUGGUGCGUUUCCGAACAGCACAGAUAAUCAAAAACAAACACCACUCCACAAAGCAUGUCGUGAUGGGAAACACAACAUUGUCGAUAUCCUCCUGGAAAACGGGGCUUCCCUUUUCGCUUUCGAUGACGCAAUGAAAGCCCCGUUGCACUAUGCUGUUGAGAACAACCAUCCUGCUUGCGUGACGACUCUUCUCAAAAAAGGUGCGCCUGUUAACAACAGCGAUGGAGAUCAACGCACCCCUUUGCAUUAUGCAGCUCAACUAGGAUUCUUCUUGAUAGCAGAUAUCUUACUGGCCAACGGAGCGAUGGCAGAUGCACUUGACAAGGAUAUGAAAACAGCCAUUUUCAUCGCCGUUGAGAGCGAUUUCAUUUCCAUGACUCGCACCUUAAUCUCGUAUAAUGCAUCUGUAAAUACGGCCGACGUAGAGCGUUUAACACCACUUCACAUCGCAUCCGUCAACGGCAAUACCGACCUGGUUAUUCUCUUGUUGCAACAUGGGGCAAGAGUGGAUGCCCUGGACUGCGCUAACAGGACGCCGAUCAGUUACGCAGUGGAGAACAACGAGAUAGAAGUAGUUCAACUCCUACUGCAGCAUGAAGCCGGUGUUACCAUCGUUGAUGUUCAAGAGAUGACGCCUCUUCAUUACUCAGCUGAAAUCGGAAACGAAUUUCUGGUCCAUCUUCUGGCAGAUCACGAAUUAAAGCAUUCCUCAAGCGACGCGACAUACAAACGUCUUCUAGAUGUCGCUUUCAAGUACCAGAACGAACUACUCGGAAGCAUGACAAUGACCCACGCUCUAAAAGGCUACAGCGAGAUCAUUCAACAAGAUAAUCAAUCUCUGAAAAAAAAAGGCGAAGCUACAGAGAUGAUGAAAUCGUUGUUGAAUAUGGUCUGCAAGCACUUCAGUCACUAUCAUGGAGAAAAGCUGGUCCGCGUUUGGCCCGGAUACAAGGAAUUAGCUGCGGACAGUCCGAUGGUUGUUGUCAACGUGUCCAACUUACCAAAAGUGAAACCUAGCGUCUUCAUGGGACUUCCUAUUGUAUACAAGUUGUACGGUUUAGUCAGCGACGAGUCCAUUAUCCUCAGCUACUCAAAAUUAGAAAUAGAAAAGCUGACAGAUCCUUUGGAAAUCAUGGCUAUACAACGCAUCAUUACUAGAAAUAUCGCUCGUCUGAAACUAAAUCAUAGCAACCUCGUAAAGGUUAGUGCCAGCGCAGUUAGGUCGUUGCAAAACGGUUCUUUGCUGGCAAAAGAAGCGUGCAUUGUAUUGUACUGUAGGAGUAAGGGUAUUAUACCGUUUGGAGAGAAACCUUUCCCGAAAUAUAUUGAAGAUAUCCCAGUAGAUAUUCGAGAUGGAUUGAGUAGCGUCUCGGAGGGCUUGGAAAAUCGGAUCGGCGCUAGCAAAUUAUCCAGAGAAGCCUUUGACGGAUCGAGAAGCAGUGAAGAUAGUAGCCGAAAGAAACUCGAAUUCUAAUCCAGUAGGAUUUAAAUACACACCUUUUUUCAUGUAAUUUCAUUUGUUGGUGAUGUGCCGUGUUCUCCCAGCUGAUGGGAACGUCGUGAUUUCUUUUUUAAUCACUGACGCACUUGAGUAUCAUGGAUAUUAUUGUUAUUCAGUACCGAAUGUUGUGAUUUUACAUCUGCUGCGGCCUCUGGGGCUCGCCUGUCACCAGUGAAGUUCAGAGUUAUGCUUAUGUUUCAUCUCACGUCACAAAAUGCUGCUAUUAUUAGAAGUAACUUUGCAGUAGAAGCAAUAAAAUGGACUGUGUAACUUUUAAAACAGUUUUUUUUUAAGUUAUACUGCCUUAGUUGUCUCAAUUCACGACAUGACUGUGGUUAAGCUUUUGCAAUGUUAACUAAAAGCACGCACCUGUUUCUUUCGUUAUUCGUAGGUUGUUAUUUAUUUACUUAUGUUUUGUUGUUGAUAUACCACAAUGUUUAGUUUUAUAUAUUUCUAUUUUAAUAAACUCA